AUGCUGGCAAAAAAAAUAUUUCUUCAAAAUUUUUAUUAUCUUCGUGUAGUAAAAAAUGUGCCACUAAAAAUUAUGGACGGGCACAUUCUAAAUCCUCGAAUUUUUUAUUCUAGCGAUCUGUCUCGAAAAAGGGCCACUAUUGAAAAAAAAGGAAGCAAAAAAAGUGAAAGCAAAAAAGGUGAAAGCAAAAAAGGUGAAAGCAAAAAAGGUGAAAGCAAUAAUAAUGACGACGAUAAUAAUAAUUCGAGCCCUAUUGAUAAAACAAAUUUAAUUGAAGAAGAAAAAAAAAAAAAAAAAAAUAGCGAAUUUAUUAAUAUACAUGAAAAUCAAGAAAAAGAAUAUUUCCCCAAUAUGGUCUUAAAAAUUUUAAGUGAUAAAAAUGGUGAAGAAGAAAAAAAGCGUUUAAUAAAUGAAUAUAAAAAAUGUAUAAGCAAAUAUUUUGAAAUAGAAAAUGAAAUAAAUAAUUUAAGCCAUAAAAAAAAAAAAAAAAAUGAACUAGAAUUUGGUGAUAUUUUUGUAACCCUUUAUUUAUGUUAUGUAGAGAAAAUAUAUGAUUUAGAUUUUUUAACAAAUUUAAGUAAUAUUUUUGAUAUAUUAUAUAAAUUUGAAAAAAAUGUAAAUGAUAGACAUCAAUUAAAUAAACAAGAUCAUAUAAUAAACAAAGAUAAUAUAAAAUAUUUUUCGAUAAUUUUUUAUUACUUUUCUUUUUUAAAUAUUAAAAAUGAUAUACUAUAUAUGAAUAUAAGAAAUUAUAUUAUUAAUAAUCAAGUUGAACCAAUAAUAAUUUAUAAAUAUUUAGAAAGCCUUUCUUUUAUAAAAAAUUUAUAUGAUCAUAAUAAAACAUAUGAACAUAUUAGUCCAAUAGUUGAAAUAAUAAUAGAAGAAUUUGAUAAUUUUAACAAUUAUUUUUUAUUAAAUAUUUUACAUUUUUUGCACACAUUAAAUUUUAUAGAUAAAAAUGUAUUUUCUUUUUUAUCAAAAAAGUUAAAUAAAAAUAUUUAUCACCAAAAUGCAAAUUAUUAUGACUUGUGCAUGUUAUCUCGAGCAUAUGCUCUAUAUAAAAAUUAUAACAUCACAUUUAAUAAAUAUUUAUGUAAUGAUAUAAUAGCUAAUAUAACUAAAUAUGAAGAUCAAUUUCAAAAUGAAAAUACAACAAUAGGAGAAAAUAUAAUAUCAUCGUCUAAACAAAACAUAGAUGAUCAUUCAGAAAAAAUAAAUAACUCAAAAGAUUUAUUAAAAAAAAAUAUAGAUAAUGAAAAUAAUAACGAAACGAACGCAUAUAUUGAUGAAAUAAAAAAUAUAGAUAGAACUAACUAUUUUAUGUUUAAAAAUAGCUUAUACAAUGAUGGAAUAAAUUUUUAUUCAUUUUUUUUAAAUUCAAAAACUGAAAAUAGAGAAAAAUAUAAAAAAGAAACAAUUAUGGAUAUCAAUUUUACAAUGUCUAUCAAAAAUGAUAAUAACUUUGAAAAAUCAAAAUAUGAUGACAAUUAUAAUUGGAAUGACAUAUUUAAUAAUGAUGUUAGACAUAAAAAUAAAAACAUAAAUAACAAACCAUUUAUUGAUAUUAAAAAAGAAAAUAUGAAUGAUGAUAAAAUAGUUAAAAUGUGUAAUGAAUAUUUAAAGGAAAAUAUAUUAUAUGAAUUUAGUCAUAUUCAACUUAUAAAUAUUUUUAAAAAAAUGAACGAAAUAUUUAAUAAAGAUAUAACAAAAAUAGAUAAUACUAAUAUUAGUGAAGAUAUAAAUAUAUAUACUAAUGAUUAUAAUGAUGAAAAUAAAAUAAUACAUUACAAAAAAAAAUUGCUUUUUAUAGAAAAUUAUUAUAUUGGACAUAUUUUUUUUAUAGUUGACUCAUUAUUAUCACUAAAUGUACAUCAUACUAAUAAAAAAGAUUUUAUAAAUUUAGAAAAUAAAGUUUUUAAUUUAAUAAAAAAUAAUGAACAUUAUAUUAUUACCAAUUUCGAUAGUAAUGAAAUAAAAAGUGUUUUAAUAUUUUUAUCACAAACAAAUAAAAUUUAUAAAGACUCUUUUAUAUAUUGUCUUACACACAGAAUAACAGAUUUAUAUAUUAAUAAUCUCUGUACCGCAAAAAUACUAGCUAUUUAUUUACAUAAUUUAUUACAUUUUACAAAACAUAAAAUUUCAAAAAAAAACAGAUUUAAUCAUACUAUAAGAAAUAUUAUAUAUAAUACAUAUCCAUGGUUGAAUAGUAAUAAAAAUUCACACAAUACCCAAACAACUAAUAGUAUAAAUAGCGAAAUAACAAAUAUUUAUAACAAUAUUAAAGUAAAAAAUUAUUCGCUUUUGCAAUUAUUAUCAAUAUAUAUUUGUAAAAAUGUUUAUUUUAUGAGUUUAUCAACUUUAACUUCUAUAUUAAGAUCCUUUUCUUAUCUCUCGUUUAAUGACGUUAAUUUUUAUAACGUUUUUAUUCCUUUAUUUAUGAAACAUAUGGACAAUUUAUCCAAUGUAGAUAUUUUAAACAUAACACAGGCAUAUAACAAGCGAAAAAUUCAAAAUAAAUAUUUUUAUUAUUUGCUGUCAAAAGUUUAUCAAAGUAAAAGCACAGAAAAAACAAACAAUCUUAAUCCGCCAAUUAAAUUAAUUGGUUAG